UAGGUGGCGGUAAUGCACCUUAACGUUGUUUGCCAACCGCAAAAAACACAAGAAGAAGAAAAAGAAGCAGAAGAAGAAGAAGAGUUGUAGAAGAAACAUGGCGAUCCGCAUGAGGUUGUCCUUGCAGCUUUGUAAAGUUUUUCCUCCGUUCAGAAACCAAAAACUCGUCCACACUGAAGCCGCGGCCAAWGAACCCGCGUACCCGCCCAUAGUCCCCUCUCUCACGGCUAAAAGCAAGUCGGCUCUGCGGCGACAGAUCCAGAUAGCAGUUGAAAAGAUCCGCGCCUCUCCCAUCGACCAGAAGAUAUUUUCCAUCACUAAAAAGCAGUCGCUGAAAUUUGUUGUCUAUCCGCAGACUUUCGCUCUCAACGGGGACAAAUGGCACCAGCACUUCACCAAGACCGCAUACAUCCCGGGCCUGCCCGACAAGUUCACCGCGGCGSCGCCACAGGGCUCCCUGUCACCGGUACCGGAGAUCGACGAUGCUGCGUUCGAGGACAUCCGCGACCUGGUCAGGCGUGUGAUUUUACAGGAGCGCUGGCACAAGGUGCAGAAACGUCCACCAUUCACGUACAGAAGGCAGGACACGUUGGCCGGUCCUUUCCUGAGGAGCCUGGUGUCUGAACUCAUCUGCACGUUGUGCAAAUACAACCCGCUGCUCCGGCAGUCCAGCCUGGAUAUCAGUCCACAGGUGAGCUUUUACUGGAGGAGGGGUAAUAGAAUAAUCCCAAAGGGCCACCGCGUAGGCCACCUGGAGCCAACCAGGUUCCAGAUUGACGACCAACCACUGAGCCAGAUUAGAAUAACUCAGCAGCUGCCUCAGUUUACCCCGAUGGAGGCUUCAUACACAGCUGAAGUCCCAGAUUACCCUUACGCUCCUAACCUGAUGCCUCUGUUUAAAAGACAGUAUGCCAACCAUAUUUUCACAGGGGCAAAGCUACCAGACCCAGCGUGCUAUGGUCACACUCAGUUCCAUCUAAUCCAGGACAAAUUCCACAGAGACCGCCUGGCCCGGCUAGACAGGUCAGACCAGGUAGAGGYCGUCCUCAGAGCCAACGCAGUGGCCAGUCUCUUCGCCUGGACUGGAGCUCAGGCCAUGUACCAGGGUUUCUGGAACUACGAGGACGUGACGAGACCCUUUGUGUCGCAGGCCGUCAUCUCAGAUGGCCCCUUCUUCUCCUUCUUCUGCUACCAGCUCAACACCGUGGCGCUGUCCGUGGAAACYGAUGCCAACAACCCCAGGAAGAACCUCCUGUGGGGCACCGAGAGCCUGCGGCUGUACGAGGACGUGCAGGACGGAGAGGUGGUGGGCCUGAACGAUGACGUCAUCAAGCUCSUGAUCCAGUUUCUCUUGAAUCGGCCGGAGAACUGAGCCGGGGAGAUAUGUGCGGGGAAAUUUGUUUGUUGGAAACCUGGAAGCUUUGCCUCCUUUUGACAGUUCUGGAUUGAGCGUGAUCAGCACGCUUCACGUGUGAUUCAUGUUCAGAUCAGAGCUUCACAGCAUUCACGUCAGGGUUUUUUGUUUGCARUAAUCAUCACAUUGCUCUAUAAGAACAGUCUUGUUAAAAGCAGCUUUUAAAGUGCCUGUGACGCACAUAUCCUUCAAAUACAAAAAGUCAAAGAAAGCAUYUUUAUUCUUAAGAAAAUUGGCAUAGUACACAUGAUUUUAACCAUUUUGUCACAUAACUGGCCUAUUUU